CUUCUUCGGCAUACCUGACUGGAUUCCACGGAUUGCUGAGUUUCAACAGAAAUUAUGAGUCACUCGCGUAGCUACCUUCGAUUAGGUGACUCGAUACGUUGUAGUAGAGUAAAUACUUUCGUUUGUUUUAAGUGACUUGUCGAGUUCGCGCUGCCGAGUUAUAGGUUAGUUUUUAUAUAUUUUUCUAGUGUUUGUAGUGUAAAGUGUUGACAGUGGCCAAAUACAAAAUGAAUAAUGUUUACCAUAAUACAGGUUUUUAUUCCAAUAGGACAGAUAUGUGCUUUGAUAACAAGGGAAUGGUGAAUCCAGCGACAUCUGAGCGGACGAACUCGCCAACAGUGCGCGUCAAUAUUCCACCGCCGACAGUUUCCGACAAAUCACAACCGGCCAAGCAAUCGACGAAGAUAAGGCUGCGACGUCGAAUAACAAUUCCAUUUAUACUCAACGCUGUUAUUACAAUCUCAGUUCUCGCCUUACUAGUCCUAUUGGAAUAUGGAUUCAUUCCGGGCAACAAGCUGGGCUACUACUGCCAGGAUCCUCAAAUAUCUCACAAAUACACCGGUGAAGUGAUUUCGCCGAUGGUUCUGGGACUAGGAUCUCUUCUAGUACCUCUAAUAGCUUUGUUAGUGACUGAAGUAUUAUCGAAACAAAGUUUUAAGAAGAUUAACGUAAGAGAAGUAUGGUACUACUACAGAGAAUGCGCCACUGGAUGCAUAUUGGUACUUCUGUUGACAGAAUUUGCUAAGAUCUUGGUUGGUGAACAUAGACCACACUUUUUAGAUGUUUGCGCACCUGACACGGCGACUAGCUGUCGUGCGAACGAGUAUGUAGAUACGUAUAUUUGCACAAAUCCCAAAUAUAGCAAAUACUUCCUGAUAGAUAGUUCAAAAUCUUUUCCAUCCGGCCAUUCUUCCGUCUCGUGGUUUAUAGGAGCAUUUUCUGCAUAUGUCAUUCAAACAAGACUGUCUACCAUGUACACCGGCCGAUUACUGAAGCCCUUCCUCAUCUCAGUGUGCCUUUUCUGGUCCAUUUUAUGCUCUCUCACAAGAAUAACUGACAGACGACACCACUGGUGGGACGUCCUAGCCGGAUGCGUCCUGGGACUUCUAGGAGCAUUAUACACCGUGAAAAUAGUGCACAAGAAAAUUUUUGGAACUGAAGAGAUUACAAAAGUUUCUGCCUCGACGACUACACUCUUAGAUGUUAAGAACAAAGACGCCACUAGUGUUAUAAUAUAAUGCUUGUACUGAUUUGUCGUGGCUAUGAUUCUGCUUACAUAAGUAAUGUGGGAUGCAUUAAAUUAGUGGUUUUUGAAAAAUUAUGACGUAAUUGUGUAAGAAAUUUGCCUUCGGUCUGUGAUUAUUAAACGCUUUUAUUGAAAAUAAUAUUUUAAUGGAAAAAUUGGCACGAUAGUCUAGGGGCCACAGCUAGGUCAGCGUGGCCUUUUCAAUUCUUAUGGGCCCACCUAAGUUUUUUUAUGUAUUUUUGAAUGCUGAUUACAAAUUUCGAGGGUGGAUUGGUAAUUGUUUAUAAGGCAUUAGUUCUUAAACUAAAAGAGAUAAAAAAUUGUUUUCCAAAUAAAAUUAUUUGUUCUUUAUAAAAAAAAACAUAUUUUAGUUUACUGAAUUUUAAUUCAAUAUUUUGACCUCGAGAUAUUGUAAUAUUAGUGCAACAUAGUUGCAAAAUAAGCAUGUUUCAAAAUAGGUUUUUCAAAAUGAGGUUUAAAUCAAAGUCCUCUUUAACCCUUAUCCGGGCAAGGUGGGUUCAACAGUCCCGAGACACCAAUUCUUUUAUCAUAAACUGAUAAAAAAAAAAUAUUGAAUUUUAUGCAUCACUGAAUUUGUUUAGAAGUAUGUUUCCUUCAACUUAGUCAUGAGCUAUUCAAAAUAUUCAUUACCAUUUUUGAAAUUAUUGCGUCGAAAGGAAUUUGGUCACGUAAAGGGGCAACACGGGCCCGUCGGACCCUAUUUGUAUUUAUACCUUAAGUCUAAAUCUUUGUUACAGAAGUUAAUCUGGCAGUCAGGUAAUGUUUUCGUGGAUUAUCUUAACGUUUUUUAUAACUCCGGAAAUCUAAUAAUAAAGUCUAAAUAUGUAACAUGUAAACAUCUCUUUGGUGUGAACAUCAAAGAGAUGCUUACAAUAGGUGUUAUAUCUAUUUCAAAUGAAUUUGAAAAACUGAUAAUCAUUGUUGGAAUGCAAUAAUAUUGUUAGGUAGGUACUUAUACGUAUUUUGAAAUAAAUAAUGCAUCUGCUAUCAAUCGUUUGAUAUCGAUGUUAGUGUCGAAAACUAAGCUCCUAAAAUUAUACAGUGAAAGUAGAUAGUGCGAAUAAAAUGUCCCAAAAACCAUUAUCACCUGCAGAACUGCAAGAUAUUGCUAAUAAUUUAUAGGAUUUCGAUGAUGAAGAAUCUCCUGAAGUAGGUGGCAUUGAAAGUGACUCUGAAAUUCAAGAUCAUUUUUCGGAAGCAAGUGAAGAGGAUGAUCAUCAAGUAGUAUUGAGUGAUAAUGAAGAAGAAUGUGUAGCUACAAGUUCCCAGAUUUCAGAGUGUGUAAUUUUUGAAACUAAGGAUGGAAUUAACUGGAAAAGUCAACCAUAACCGACAGGACGUAUGCGAUCUUACGACAUAAUAAAAUGCAAAACGCACAAAGUAAUGUUAACCCCUGGUCAAAGUGUAGAUGAUCCUGUUGAUUCCUUUUGUUUGUUUGUGGACGAAAAAAUGGUGAACGAAAUAGUGAAGUGUACAAAUGAAGAAGCCGAAAAAGUCCUGGGGAUAGAGAACUGGAAAUAUUGCGACUCUACAGAGCUAGAUGCCUUUAUUGGACUACUACUAACUGCAGGGUAACUGAGUGACAACAUCCAUAAUGUAGAUAUACUUUGGAAUUUUGCAGUAAUUUUAUGGACCUACUAUAUUUAAAGCUACCAUGGGGUUAAAACGAUUCAAAAACAUGCUAAGAUUUGUUCGAUUUAACCAUAAAGACACGAGGUCUGAACGAAGAAGGAAUGACAAAUUAGCAGCAAUAGGCGAUGUGUGGAAUCAAGUCAAACAAAACUUUCAGAAAUACUAUUUACCAGGAAAAAACAUAACGGUAGAUGAGCAACUUGUGACGUAUCGACGUAGGUGUCCUUUCAAGCAGUAUAUGCCUUCAAAGCCAGACAAGUAUGGCAUGAAAAUAUGGCAAAUCCUUCAGGUAGAUCGCGCCCUCAAGGUAGACUGCAUACUGUAGUAGCACCUUUUAUUAUUCUAGACAAUUUAAAUAUAGAGUAAAAAAUGAAAAAAGAAUAUUAAAAAUAUAUGAGUAAAUAUGAAUAGUACAUUCACCACAGUGGUGGGCCCAACGGACCCGAGUUGCCCGGUUACGUAAGUAAAAUGUAUUGCCCGGAGAAGGGUUAAAGCUUAAUUUAUAAAUUUUCAAAUAAAAUAUGUUAAAUUACUUUAGGUAUCUUUAGGCGUAAAAGAUAUAGGUCACUUUGAAGUUAUAAUUUUCUUAAAAAUAUUGUAAAUUAAUCAUAAGGGUUAUAAGCAAAUUUGAGCAAUAAGCAUUUAAACUUGAAUUAACAAUAUUGAUAGAACUCAAAGGGAAUAUUUGGAACUUGGGAAAAUGUAUCUUGACUAUUCGGAUCGAAAUUCGUAAUCGGCACCCAAAAAUAUCUACAUAAAAACUUGGUUUGACCCAUUAAAGUUGAAAAGACCACGGUGACCAAGCUAUGGCCCCUAAACUACAAUGGUUGUUGCAGAAAGGCGUAUAAAGUGUAAGUUAUUGCGCAAUAAGUUCUUGACUGAGAAACGCAUACCAUGCGUGAACAUUAAUGGUUGUUUAACUAUUAAACCUAGAAUUGAACUAGUAGUGUGUAUGUAAAUUAAAUAUUUCAAUUCACUUGUGUAGGUAAUUUAUAUUUUAUGGAUAACCACUAAAUAGAGUCCUCAUAUAUGUCCUUCUAUUUUCUACAUCAUUUCAUUCGCUUCAUUCAAAUUCAACUUAACUUCAUUCGCUCACAAGCGAUUAUAUCCGCCUAUGGUGUAAAUGAUGUGGGUUUCCUCCAGUCCCUCAAUAAACAAAAAAUAAAAAAAGUAUUGCUUAUAUUUUGUCUUUCCUCGUAUUUUAAAAAGACCCGUUUUAGCGAUUAAGAUAAACUAAAACUUGCCAAUAAAACCAAAGCGGAUGCAUGUUAUCUGAAUAGCAGAUAACACUUUAUAGAUACGGCACUGAAUGAAUUCCAAACAUCUGAUCGUUUCGCCGGUAAUACCGGAUUUACACUCAGUCCUGUUGGACAGGAAAGUGGGCAGCGUGAUUGUGUAAAUAGCUCACUGGCUGCCCUGCCCCUCAUGCACCUGCCAUUGCACGGCGCUCCCCAAAAAGUCGGUUUUUCGUGGCGGAAGUCAAAGGACUGGCAGGGCGAGCGCGAGUGCGUGUUCACAUUCAGCCACUCUCUCUCACUUGCCGCUGGCAAAGAAGCCGGUGAGUAAGUGAACAAGACGAUGCUGUCGUCACAUUCCAUCCAUGAGAGUCGUUCGGUAAAUGAGUUGUGAGGACAUUGGUGAAGACUGAUGUGAACACAUCACUCGCGUCGAUAUUGUAUUUCAGGCAAUAUUUCCGGCAGCAGCAGUGGCAAAGGCUGAGUAUAAAUCCGGCAUAAGAAAUGAGCUAGAGUUUUAGAGUUAGAGCGGAUAGCUCGAGGCAAAUACAGUUAUUUUGCGUUAUAAAUGAAGUAGUCUUCUGAAGAAAACGUAGUUCUCUGCAGCCACAUUAGUUUAGAAUCGAUGUCAAACUUUAUAUACUACUGUAUGACCGUGUACACUUAACUGCUAUAUUUUAUGAGAACGACAAUUAUCAUCAAAACUAUUUUCUAUUUGACUCUCGAUUUUUAACCCGAAAAUUGUCCCAAGAUACAAUUUUUCAUUUACUUGGAGAUAUAAAAAUCCAGACACCUAUUCAGAUAUUCCAAAAUAAUUGACCAUGGCACUAAAAGUGGUGUGGGUGAAAAUUAUAAAUCGUACUUUUUUUGGGAUAACUAAAUGAGAUAUAAUAAAAAAAAAUCACUGCUUUUAAACAGAAAGUACUUAUGUGAAGCGUAUCUAGACAGAAAAUAUAACUGGACCUGACCAAAAAACCAUGCAAUCGAACGCAUUAAUUAUUGGAGAAAACAGUCCUGAAUAGAGCAAAGAUCAUACUGAUAUCAGUAGAACAACAGCAAAAACAGUGGUGCACACUAAAGACAUAAUGUAACUAUACCUAUACAAAAAUAUGAGGAUAUUAAUAUUUCGUAGAUAAAAAAGCGGAUUUUAGUAAAUGCUUCCAACUACCCUAAACUAAUUUAUACUAUAGUAUGUCCCACCUUGACUUUACAGUAUAAUAACAUAGGCAAUGCAGUCCUUAUGAGAGUUUUUAGCGCGGUGAUGCCGAUAUGUAAUCCAACAUUAGAGAAAUUAAAUUAAAACUGUUUUAGAAAAACAAUCUACAAUUUUAGGAUUCAUAUGCGUAAUAACUAUAGUAGGUAUGUCAAUUAAACUUUAACGCAUAUCAAUCCUAAUAUUGUAGAUUGCCUUUCUAAAACAGUUUUUAUUUUAAUCUCACUAAAUGUUCGAUUACAAAUUCCUUUUGAUAAAAUCGGCAUCACCGCGCUAAAAACUCUCAUAAGGACUGCAUUUCCUAUGUUCCUAUACUGUAAGGUCAAGGUGGGAUGGACUAUAGUACCAUAUUUAUGUAGGCAGAAUUUUUGAACGGUCAGGAUAAAAGUAAGACUUUAAAAUAAAACAAAUAAGAAACUAGUUUGGCUUGAAGCACAUUAUUCUCUAAUCACACCAGUAAUAAUCUACUUAUCUAAUCUUACUUUUAUCUUUGUCGUUGCUGUUAGUUUUAUUUCUGUGAAGAAAAUUUGUAAAUAUUCCAGUAUUAUUUGUAUAUAUAUUUUUUAUGUUAGAGUUAUAAAAUUUUGUUAAACCUAGUCUUCUCAUUCCCAAAUUAUUGUUAUACGUAAUGUAGAUGUUAUACUCAUUUUUUAAUAUAUCCUGGAGUGGUACGUGGUAUUUCUUGAUCCAGAUAUAUUUUGUUAUUCUGUGAGUUAUAUAUUAUCGGAAAUCUUUCAUAAUGUAUACAAAGUAAAAAAAUAUUAGAUUGAAAAAGUUAAGAAAACAGUCCUUACCAAAAAUAAUGUCCAGUGUCAAAUUUUCUAUAAAUCGUAUCAGUCUAUCGUUUAAAAGCUUUUUAUGUGUAUUAACUAUCAUAAACUAAAAGACUAAGGGCCGGUUGUUCAAACGCUAAUCAAGAAGUUGAUUAUAAUCAAUCAUUUAUUGUAAUCAAUUUUCUUGAUGGGAAUCAAAUCGCGACAUGAAAAAUACAUGUAAAACACUAAUCAGUUAUUGAUUGUAGGUAAAACAUUAAUUAAAAUAUAGCCGCAGCUCUUAAAUUAUUAAAAAUUGUUUAUUAUUAUUAUUGAUUUGUAACUAAAAACAAGAAAUUAACAUCAGAAAGAGUUUAAUUAUGUUUUAUUUUAAAUUAAAACCAAAAUAAUAAAAUAAAUCAGUCAACAUAACCUCAAAAUGCGACAUCUGUCAGAAGUACGCUUAAUCAAAUAUAAUUGUAAUUAAAUAUUUGAUAAUGAUCAGUUUUGAUUAGCGUUCGAACAACCGGCCCUAGAUAGUAGUUUAACUAAUCCUCUUCGGAGUUUGAACUAACCGUAUGUGUAGUUCCAUUGCAAUUUUUUGCUGUAGGUACUUGUAUGUAGUUUGGUAUUGGUAUCAACAGUGAAGACUGUUGUUGAUCAUGAUAGCUCACGUACCUACUCAAUAAACUCACCUGCCCAAAAAGAGAGGCGAAACACAACUGCCUGGGGAUGGAUUGAUGGAUACAGUAAUUAAGUAGAUACCUAAGUACCCAGAGAUGAAAAAUUAAUCUACUACAAUUAUAUCGAUGCUUAACCUAGGCUUUUGUGGCCACUUUAAAGUAUGGAAUAAGUAACUAGAUCACAUAUAUCACGUAUACUAUGAGAAAGAAACAGUAUAUUUCAGAAUUACUGGACUUUCUUUAGCAAAGGUAUCGAAAAUAGGUACAGUGUUCACCUCACACGGAAAAGUACCAUUUGCAAUAAGAUUGGACAACUACUCUCGCUGAAAUGUCUAUUGUCAUCUUGGAUAAUGUUGGUUAUAUAUUUAAGAUGUUUAUACAAAUCCUUUUUCCCUCUUCUGGGUCUGUUUUCGGGUAAUGUGUGUAGUUCUGUCUCUGUGGAGUAGAGUGAAGACCAGGAAGAGGCGGCUUGUAGAGUAAACGUUUCUUUUCGGCUGUUCUUCUUUUGUUGGAUUAUUGGCCCUAUUUUUUCGAUUUCUACUGCUUCGUGAAUUUUUCAUAUGCGGAUCCUUGCAGGAUUUCUUCCAAUACAGAAAGAGAAAAAGAGUCGAUCUGAAGCAUAUUUGAUGUUUUUCGAGUCAGAUUUUGGCCGACGGACAAGUUGUAUACAUGAUCACAGAAACAAGGAACAACAAAAAUAAAAAUCAGUGGAUAGAUUAUACUUUGAGAGCAGGCAGAAAUUUAGAAAAUUUCCUAAAAUGUUGUAUUCCUUUCUUAAGGAUUAUGUUUAUUCCCUAUACUUUAGAAGAUUUUAAAAUGUAUCAUUUCUGUGAUAAGUAUCUAACCAAUCUUUUUUUUUUUAAGUUUUUGAUAAUAUAAAUUUUCUUUCAGUAAUCUUAGAGGAUGUACAUUUCUAUAACUUUCGACAAAUUAUAUUUUCUUUAACCUUGUGUAAUUCUGGCCAGCUGGCCUGAGAAACGGUUAACGUGGUCUUGUCACUGGAGAAGACCUCACCAAACCAAUAAGAGCUCUUUGCUCCGCAGCAAGCAAAAUAGCUUAUAGAACUAUAUUUGUGUUUUGAUUGCUAAACAGUGUGACUUAAUAAAAAAUAGUUGUGUAAUAUGAAAGAUUUCUUGAUUUAAUCAUCAAAAUUGAAUACUAAGUUCUAAGUUUGUGACAUGACACGAGAUGAGUGGAGAUAUGAACAUUUGAUAUGAAAAUAUAGUCUUAAGUCUAAAUCUUAAGCCUUACAAUCAAUAGAUCUAAAAUUGUGUUUCAAUCUUAUUCAGUUUUUGUUAUAAAUACUAGUAUUGAUAUUCUGGUUCCUAAAUAUUAAUUUAAACUAAACUUCAGUUAGAUAUAAUCUAACUGACGAUAAUUAUAAUCUUAAUCGCUGAUACAAAAGUAGCCUUAAAAACCAUGCUAGAAGAAUUAAACGAUGAAGCCGAAAAUAGAGGACUGAGGGUGAAUUACAAUAAAAAAAAGAUUAUGACAAACCCGGACGAAAACUCCUUGAUCACGUUAGGUCAAAAUAUAAUAGAACAAGUUAAGAAAUAUAUACUUCGGACAUAUCUUAACACUCAGCAAGGAAAACCAAACGGCAGAAAUAAAAAGGCGAAUCAGACUGGCUUGGAUAGCAUUCGGUACAUUAAGCUACAUUUUGAAAAACAAAAAAUACCCGAAAUAUCUUAGAACGCGAAUUUUUAACCAGUGUAUACUUCCUGUUUUCACAUAUGGCUCCCAAGUUUGGUCACUUACAAAGGAGAAAGACCGUUGUUGCGUAUAAAACUUCGCAAAAGGAACGUCUGGAAAAAGUGUAUAAGCUCCACCCAUCUAGCUAGAUGUCAAAACUAAGAAUCCAUUCUAACGUACUACUACAAUUAAAUUUAAUUUUACAGCAAAUUACAUAAUAAUGUAGGUAAUUGGUUUUUAAUAGUUAUUAAUGUUUUAAGAGCGAAAAGUGAUACAUUAUUGCUUGAAUAGCAAUAUUAAUUAUUAAUUACUCGAAAGCAAUAAUGUCACUUUUUGCUUGUAAUACAUACAACAUUGUUUCUACAAUCACUUAAUAAAAUGAAACUAUGUUUAAAUCAUUAACUUUAUGAGUUUGAAUAUUCAAUUUGUUUGUACUGUAUGGGAUGUAUGGUUGCUACGGACGACGAGCGUUUAUGAGUAUGCAUGUUCAAUUUGUUUGUAUUGUAUGGUGGUAUGGUAGAGCGAGAAAGUGACGGUAUUCAGUAAACGUCAACUUUUGGUUGCCAUUGACAAGCGAAAAAGCCUUCUUUAUCAAGUGAGUGUAGAAAAAAAAAUAUUUAAAUUAAGUAGGUACAACUUGACUUAUUUUAUACGUAUGGGUAUUUUUCGAGUCAUAUUAAUGUUAUUGAACUAAAAAGCACUUUAUUAUAGUUUUUGUACAUAUAUGUGUAUAUAGCGCAGAUGUUUUUAUAAAACACCUGCAAGGUGGACAUAGUCUUCAAGUAUUUCAUGUGUAGGUUAGCUUAUUUAUUUAAUGAACUUUCGUUUUAUAUCACCUCAUGCAAUAAAUAUUUUUAUAAAUUC